GAUAAGAGGCUGACCAACUUGUGGCAUUUUUUACCUGCCGAAUCAUCUAAAAACAUCACCAUGAGCAAACUACUGUGGAGCUGUGCAGCAUUAUUCACUCUCUUAGUUACAGUUGAGGCGCUCUCCUGUUACACCUGUAAUUUGAACAUCCUGGGCUCCUGUUUGAUCGAGAAAACUGUAAAUUGCACCAAAGCUCAGGACAGAUGCUUCGUUGCAGUUGCCAAAUUUAGUGCCGACCUGUUGGAUAUCCAUGAGCGUGGCUGCAUAGAACGUUCAAAAUGCAGCAACAGUAGUAGUGGGUCCAUCCUGAACGUGAAAUACACCAUCACGGAGACCUGCUGCAGCAACAACCUGUGCAACGCAGCGGCCGCCCCCCCCGCUGCCCCUCACUGCCGCUCUGGCUGCUGCUCUGGUGGCAGUGUGGAGUCAGUGGGGCCUUUAAAGACCACUGUAGCAGGAAGAAAACAUGUUGGUGCACUAUUCUUGGUGCUUUAAUGAUGUGUCCCGAUGAUAUAUGAUGGAGGGAUAGUAGCUGCAUAUUUCUUCACAUGGCAGGACUGAAUAGGCCUUUUCCUUAAUUUGCAUAUACUUAAAUUGAUUUAAAAUAAUCAGACAUGCAUGAGACCUUUGUAUUGGCUGGAUUGUGUUUGAUUUAUUUAGUGCUUAAAGCAAUCUCACCACUGGUGAUUCCAACAAUAAAGUUUUUUUGAUUUCUGUU